UCGGCAACCGAUGAAUUCAUAUCCAGACGAAGGAGAUAGCAGGGGACGCUAUUGCUAUUAGGCCCACUCGUUAUCUCCCCUUCUGUUCGCUUGGAGCUUGGACUUUGCGGACGGAUCUCGGGCUUGGGCGUCUUGACUGUAGACGACGCUCCUGGAGACGGGUGACACGGGACACGAGUCGGUAACGGUCAAGUCGACGAGAGGUCGGUCGAUCGGUAGACACUGAACAAAAUAGCAUUGUCUUUCCCAGCGCCGUGCGACUUGCGAGGGAUCCUUUUAUGACACCGGUUCAGCCUGCUCCUCGACCGCCUCACCUCCUGCACGCGACAGCUUCUCACGCGGACUCCUGGUGCAUCUUGCACUUUAUCGCGGACGCGCUUAUAUAAUGAUAAUGGUAGCAUAUGUGUUUUACAACUCUCAUUCCUCAUAUGCGAUAUUAUAUGCCUGUUGUUCACAUCAUGUCUUUCAUGAAGCGUCAUCAAGUAGUUGUUGCUUGUUUGGUGAGUCUAAUUGGCUUCAUCUUAGCAUUACCAAACAAGAUACACGUGCAAAUCCAACAGGAGAUGAAAAGAUCGACUACCGCUUUCAAUUAUAUCAACAAUGACGUUUUUCAAUCCAUUGAAUACACAACUUGUAGUAACAAUCCCGAGGAAGAAAUGACAACUAUAGAUAUGAUAAAGAAAUCGGGAUAUCCAACGGAAGAACAUUUCGUUACGACGCAAGAUGGUUAUAUUUUGACUUUACAUAGAAUUCCAGGCGAGAAAGGAUCACCUGUUGUAUUAUUGCAGCAUGCUUUAUUGGAAAGCUCAUUUUGUUGGAUUAUCAAUGGAAAAAAGAAAAGUUUAGGUAAGCACUUUAUUUCCUAAAUAGGGCUUCCGUAUCUCAUUGCUAAUGAAGGCUACGACGUUUGGAUGGGAAAUGUUCGUGGUAACACGUACUCAAAAAAUCACACUAUUUUAUCAACGUCUGAUCCCGAAUUUUGGAACUUUAGUUGGCAUGAAAUGGGUAUUUACGAUGUACCGGCUGAAAUUGAUUACAUCACAUCACUGAAAAAUGACAGUUUAAUAUACAUAGGACAUUCAAUGGGCACUACAAUUUUUUAUGUGAUGGCAAGUGAACGACCAGACAUUGCAUCGAAAGUUAAAGCAAUGUUUGGCUUUGCUCCAGUUACUUUUACUAGUAACAUAAAUGGUUUAUUUUUUCCACUUGGAGUAUUUCUUGGAAAUCUUCAGAAAUAUACAAAUUUUGAAGGAACGCAUGAAUUUUUCGCACAAAAUUCUGUAUUCAAAUUCGCAGCGAAGUGUAUUUGUAAUAGGCCAAUUAUAAAACAAAUAUGUCGAGAUAUUAUUUUUUCAUCUGUUGGUUUCAAUGCAAGACAAUUUAAUACGACAAUGCUGCCAUUAAUAUUGACUCAUACUCCCGCUGGAACAUCAUUGAAAACUGUCAUUCAUUAUGCACAAGGAAUUAAAUCUAAAAAAUUUCGUCAAUAUGAUUACGGCUCGCAAAUGAAUGCAAAAAUUUACAAAAGUAAAAGUCCGCCUGACUAUGAUUUAACAAAAAUUGAUGUGCCUACUCAACUAUUUUGGAGUAAAAAUGACUUUCUGGCCCAACGAAAGGAUGUGCUAAAAUUGUAUGAGAUGCAGUCAAGAAAAGUGAAAAUCAAUGUAGUCGACGAUCCGUCCUUCAAUCACUUGGACUUUAUAUGGGGCAUUGAUGCAUCGAAGCUCGUUUAUUCGAAACUCCUUCAUUUGAUGGAAAAAUAUCGACAUUAAAUCUUCAUAAGAUAAUCGAUGAAUUUUACUGAAAAUGUUAAUGUAUUAAACAUUUUAUAGUAAUAGUUCAUGUAUUUUACUAACACUA